AUGAUGCAGGAGAUGGAGGACGACCAGGAGAACUGCAGCUAUCAGGGAGCUGAAGAGAGCUGGCACCCCACCAUUAUCAAACAGGAGGAAGAGGAGGAAGAGGAAGGACUGGAGGCGCAGCUUAGCCGGCUGGCGGCCGCCAGCGCUUCGAAAUGUGCCACCAACGGGCUCCACCAGAUCGUCCAAAAGCUGAGCGGCGCCGAGCCCCUGCAGCUGGUGGGACCCGGGGCCGCCAGCGAGGAGGUCGUGCUCCUGGACUACAGGGUGAACCCUUUAAUUCGGGCCUGCAGACCCCCCUUGGGGGAGACCUCCCACUGGUGCCUGGAAUGCGGGAAGAACUUCGGCCAGAAAUCCGAGCUGGAAGCCCACCAGGCCAAGCACCACGCCGGGCAGAACUCCUACAUCUGCGGCGACUGCGGGCGCAGCUUCAUGGAGCACAUGGCGCUGGCGGCCGGACAGGGGGGCUGUGCCGCCGGACACCCCUUCGCCCCUUCCGGCAGCCGGAAGAAGGGGCCGGCCCUCAGCAACGAAGCCGGGGUGCAGCGCAAGGAGCGUAAAGAACUCUCUCUGCAGGAGAAGGUCCGCGUUCUGGAGAUGCUGGAAGGGCCCAAGGUCUCACAGAGCGAACUGGCCAAGCGCUUCGGGGUCUCCCAGCCCCAAAUUUGCCGUAUCAUCAAGAACAAGGAGCGCAUCCUGACCGAGUGGGGUAAAAACCCCAACCCGACUCGCAAACGCAAGCUGGAGGACAGAGCUCCGCCCGGCGGCGACCGAACGUUCCUGCAGUGGUUCGAACGCAGCUGCGGACACCCGUUCCCGGCGGAGGGGAGACUUUGGCAAGAGAAAAUCGCCUUCGGAGGGGGAGAAGCCGGCUUGGAGACCACCCUUCCGUGGCCGAACGGCUCCCCGGCCAAGCCCAAAAUGAGCUCCCGGAGGGCCCUUCCGGAGAAAUGGAACCGGGAAGUGCUGGAGGAGGACGACGACGAAGACGAAAGUCGCUGGGAAAGUACGACGCUGCCGUGUAUCCUCAGCCACUACGACCUUCCCAACGUCUAUGCUUGCGGGGAGACGGGGAUGCUGUUUCGGGCCACCCCUGACGACCUGGCGUCCCGGAGCGGCGGCGAAGGCCAGGACCAGCUGACCAUCUUGCUGUGCGCCAACAUGGACGGCUCGGAUAAGAGGGACGUGCUGAUAGUGGGCAAGGCCGCCCGGCCGUUUGCCGGCCUUCGGGGAUUGUCUUCUGCCACCUACCGGGUUCAAAACCGGGCCUGGAUGACCCCGGCCAUCUUUUCCGAGUGGCUGCAGAGGUUCAACGAGGAGGUGAAGCAGCAGGAGAGGCGCGUGGCCCUCUUUGUGACGCAGUGCGGCGCCCACCCCUACGCCGAGCUCUCCAACGUCCAGAUGGUCUUCAUGCCGCCUCACGUCGCCUGGCUGCCUCCCCUGGAGCAAGGGGUGGUCCAGAAUUUCAAGUGCCACUAUCGGAGAAGGAUGUUGACCCACCUCUUGGUCAAGGACCACGGCAAAGCCUCCAGCCCCUCCACGGGCCCGCUCUCCCAGUUCCUCACCCUCCUGGAUGCCGUCCACCUGGUGGUCCAAGCCUGGUCCGAGGUCUGCCCUCAAACCAUCGCCAACUCUUUCAAAGCGGCCGGGUUCAGCGCGAACCCCCGUCUACUUACCCCGCCAUUGGAAGUGGUCCGAGCUCUGGGCUGCAAGGACCAAGACCAAUUUGAGCAGUUCGUUUUGAUGGACGAAGGGCUGGAGUGCUUCGGAGACCAGGAGGGCGUGGACCCGACCAGGGAGACCCCUCAGGAGCAAGAACCCAACUCGGCAAGAGGAGAAGGGGAGGAGGAGGAAGAGGAGGAGAAGGAGGAACCGUCUCUCUUCUCCUGUCCCUCCAAGCCGGACGUCGUGGACAGCUUGGCAAAGCUGCGGCGCUACCUGGAGUGCCACGCCGUGUCGCCCAACAUCUUCCAGACCUUCUACCAGCUGGAGGAUCUGAUCCACGCCCUGGCUCUCUCCGACAUGCAGUUAGCCAAAGGGAGAUCUUGCCAAGAUUGA